GUUUCAGCAGUCGCUCCCUGGUCAUUAACGCCUGCUGUGGCAGACCAGAAGCUGCGGACGGCUGUGGAGACACAUAGAUCUACGUGAAGCGCCUGGGCGCGCCGGCAGCGCCGCCCUGCGCUGGGCUAGCGCACAUGGCCGCAGAGGCUUCGGAAGACGGCAGCGCGGCCGUCGCGGCGGCACAAACGCGUGCCCAGACGCCGCCGCCGACACCUCCCCAAAACCAGAGCGAGGACGAGCGGCCCACGCCGCCGCCGACGCCGCCGCAGCCGAGCACGCCGGAAGCGCCGAUCAAGCCGCCGGAAGACUGGCGCGUGAAGGUCUACCGGUUGAACGACGAGGGCCAGUGGGACGACCGUGGGACAGGACGGGUCUCUUUACAAGGCGCGCGCGUGUUGGUUGUGUCGGAAGGCGACCGGUCCGAGGUGUUGCUCGCUUCGGCACCGAGGGGCCCGAAUCCCGUCUCGAGACAAGGCGAGAACAUCCUGACCUGGGACGCCUGUCGGGGCGACGACGGUUCAGCGUUAGCCGACGACCAACCUAGUUUGCGGAGAGGCGAGACGGCCUGCGUCGCCCUCAGUUUCCAGGAGGCGCGAGGUUGUGACGCGGUCCUCGGCAAAUUACGAGCAGCGAUAGCCAUCCGACCCUCAUCACCUCCAAGAGACGAUCCCGGCCCGCCCGGCGCCGAUCCAUCGUCCUUAGAACCGAGACCAAGUAUAGUGGCCGAAGACGAGGGCGCGACGCACGCGCGAGCGUUCCUGGCGCAUGUACUGGGUGCGAGAGGCGCCGGCGUGGCCUCGGCCCUAGAAACGGCGGCGCAGCGAGCCCCGCUGGAAUGGCGAGCCCUACCGACGCCCGCACAUGGCGUCGCGCUCGACGAAUGGGCGUGUACGCUGGCGAGAGCCGCCACGUCCCUAGCAGCCAAAGAAAGGUACGCCGCGACCCUCCUCGCCGACGACGCGUUGUUACUGAGGCAGUUCGCCGCGUGUUUUGAUGAUGCGGAGGUCAGCGGCCCAGAGCAGAAACUGCCCUUGAACUUGAUCUCGUGGCGGCGAUGGCGUCGUCACGAGACCGCGUCGCCUCGAGAGAGUCCACGCGCCUCGCGAGAGCAGUUUCGCGACGCCGUCGUUCCGCGCAGGAUGCUGAUGAUGUGGAGACGCUUCGCAAAUUGGCGGAUGUCGCGAAACUCGUCGUGCUGCUGAACGAGCCGCCCUUGGUCGAAGCGUUGCUGGACCAGCCGUUGUUCGAACCCUUCUUAGGGGCCCUUGAGUACGCCGCAGAUUUGAAACAAAGGCCGGACGCGUCGGACGAAGAACCGCCCGAGAGUCCGUUGAAGAAGGAUCGGCAAGCGGCGCGGGAAGCCGUGGCGAAGUGUAAUGGUGAAGACGAAUCUGAUGAUGGGUUACUUGAGAGGAGAAACACGCUCGAUAGUAACGCUACUCGCGAGGCUCUGCCGGGCGAGCCUCGGACGGCGAAACAGGCUCGGCGCGUGCCUCUCAGACAUCUGGCACUACGAGCGUCGGUCAUGCGCGAGGUCCUGCCCAUGACUGAUAGUAUACUGAAAGCGCGCGUCGUCCAGAACUUUCGAGCUACUGUAUUGCGAGAAGCUGCUCUCAGACCGGGCAUGGACGAGUCGCAGUUCGGGGCCUUGCACGCUUUGGUGUUUCACAACAACAACGACAUCCUCAGACGUUUACAUGUUGAUACUGAUUAUCUACAGAGAAUCGUUGACUUAGCUGGUGGGGCUCCAUUGCCUGAUGACUUACAAAACGACCUAGAUGACGACGACGACGACGCGUUCCCGAAGCCUCGGUUGGACGCGUUGCGCUUUCUGCGGGAGAUGGUUGGAUUGAGUAGGAACGCGCAGCCUUCGGCUAGAGAUGCCCUGUAUAGACAUUUAUUUGUGGAGGCGGAUUUGUACGGUGCUCUCGCGCAAGCCUUCGCCGACUGCGGGGCCGGUGCUUCUCUUUCUGUCUCCUCUGACAGACAAAGGCAAGCUCGAUUGUGCAGUGUCGAAGUCGUCGCCACGGCUCUGAGAGUGGACGCGGCGUCGUUACGAAGGGAUUCCGUCGCGAGACCGCCACCCGCGCCGCCGUCCUGGUUCACGAAACAAUCAAGGCAAAAAGGUAAUAACGACGACGAGGCGCCUCCGGGCCCCGUUAAGAAACGAGCACGGCUCCAGUCUGAUACCUCCACUCCUUGUUUAUUUGGUGUACUUAGAUGUCUCGCCUUGACGGAUGACGACGCGGCUACUCGGUUACAUGCGGCAGAUGCCUGCAGAUUAGUGCUCGACGCCGGAGCCCCGGACGACUCGGAAGGCGAUGAAUUCUUAGCAGAAUUCUACGAGCACUACAUGCCCUGGCUGGUCGAGCCUCUUUAUGAUUGUGGCGUCGAAAAUAAUAAGGUCAAAAGGGGUCCGGCCUGCGCGUACGCUUGUGAGAUACUGGCGCACUGCGUCCGCGCGCAUCGCUACCGCAUGAAGUACUUUGUGCUACGGCAUAACGUCGCCGGGAGAGUUGUCACGUGCUUGGAAUCAGCAGUGGAGGUCGGCGACAAGCCCCUGCAGUUGGCAGCUUUAAGGUUUGUCCGGGCUUGCGUCGGUGCCAAGGACGACUUCUACGCUCGCUAUUUAGUGAAGAACGGGUCCCUGGCGCCCGUAUUGAAGCUGCUGUCGUCGGACGUGCAGGUCUCGACCAAUUCACGACUCCAACCGGGCGAUUCUUUAGUUACUUCUGCGGUCGCGGAGCUUGCGGAGUUUGUCCGCUCGGAAAAUGUGAAGGGUUUAGUUGCUCACUUGGUCGAGCAGCACGCCGGCGCGUUGUCGCGGAGCGCGACGCAUCGACCGUUGCUGGAAGGUCUCGAGACCCGGCACGCUCAAAACAGGGAUCUCGUAGCUAGAGCGGGUCGUUCAGCCACGGAUGACGUCGGGUCGGAAGUCCAAAGAGAACGACGCGCCAGAAUCGCGGAGCAGGACGGCGAGGAGGCCUACUUCGAUGAUGAUGAUGAUGACGACCUUGAUGAAAAUUCUUCUGAUGAUGAUGAAAGCGCGGCGUCGUCCUCCGACGGGUCGUCGUCCGUCGAUUCCAAUCGAAGUCCAUUGCAUGCGUCGGCCGCACCGCAGCGCCGAAUAGACAAGAUGCGCAGCGGCACGCCGCCGACCGAGGACGAUUCGAGCGACGAGGCGUCCUCCGACGGGUCUCGAGGGACCUCACCUAGGCGGUCUCCGGGGCGACGACGAGCGAAGCGCAAGCCGCCCAUCGUCGGCGUCGCGCCGCAGCAAAAGAAGCGGCGCGAGGACUCGUCAGCAUCCUCGGACUCGAGCGACGACGACGACUCGUUCCGGCCGCCGCCGCGGCGCGAGGACGUGUCGGCGUCGCCGCCCCCCGUGUUUGGGGGCGGCGCGGGGCGGUUCGCCGCGCCGCCGUUUGGGAGACAUGCGCCGGCUCCUUUAGUGGUGAAGAAGAUCGAGUGGUCGCCGGACCGCGCGGCGGCGGCGGACGGGUUCGCGCGGGCGACUUCUCCGCCGCGGCCGCCGACCGAGGUCGAAAACAAUAGUGGUGGUGGUACUUAAGAUUC